AUGAGCUCAGCUCCGAAACUCACCAAGAAGCAGAAGAAGGCACUCGCCUUCCGGGAUCGCGGCAAGGGCAAAGGGAAGGGCAAGGCGAAAAGCUUCGACGACUUGGACCGCGAUAUACCUGUCGAGGAAGACCAGGACCGUGCUGAUGCAGCCCUUCUCCUGGCAGAUGAGGGUGCUAGUUCUGAAGCUGAAGUGGGACCUCCCAAGGAUGUGGUGAAGGGAAGUGCGAAGGUCGAGGGCAGGUCUGGGGCAGAAGACGGAAGGGAGAAGGGGAAGGGGAAAAAGAGGAAACGGGACGAAGGGAUCGUUGAAGUGCUAGAGAAAGAGACGGAGUGCGCAGCUCCUAAAGACAAGGCGAAGAAGAAGCGGAAGGGAGCGGAUGGCGAUGCGGUGGAUGUUGGGGAGGACGCAGAGGGCGCGGGCAAGACACGGAAGCCAAAGUUCAUAUUGUUUGUCGGCAAUCUCAAGUAUACCACGACGAAGGAAGCGGUAGAGCAGCACUUCUCGAAGUGUGAUCCUCCUCCCACUGUUCGUCUUAUGACGCCAAAGCCCUCCGCUACCUCAAAGCCCUCAGUCAAAUCGAAAGGCUUCGCAUUUGUUGAAUUCAAACAUCGGAACGCGCUUCAGCAAGGCUUGAAGUUGCACCAGUCAGAAUUGGAAGGGCGCAAAAUCAACGUCGAGCUCACAGCAGGUGGAGGCGGAAACAGCGAGCAUCGACUAGAGAAAGUCAAGCAGCGGAACAAGGGGCUACAUGACCAGAGGAAGAAGCAGUUGCUUACGCGUCGCUCUGGAAAGAAGAACGCAGAGGGUGAAGAUGAGGGCGCAGAGGGAGCGGGCGAGCGUGAGGAAGUUCAACUGGAGCGACCACAGCGGUAUUCGGCAACCUCAGGCGUUGAGCAGGUACCGUUGAAGCAGCGGACAUGGUCUAUUCCAGAAGAGACGGACGAGGCACCUGCAGGAAAGAAACGGGGAAACAAGAAGGGCAAGAAGCGGCCGCCAAAACCGCUCGGUACUGGCGUGAACGCAAUUCCUGUCGGGUAA